AUGGCGGCGCCGCCGCCAGAGAAGAGGCCCCCUCGCUCGCUCUUCGAACUCCCCUCUGACUUCUUCGAUUCAUCCGUCCUCCUCCGGGCUCACCCCUCCACGGCCCCCUUCGCGGUGGAACCGUCCGAACGCUCCCAACCGCCGCCGACUCAGCAGCAGCAGCAACUUUCAGAGGCUGCGGGGUCCAGGUGGACGUGCAACACCUGUGCCGCCGAGUUCGAGUCGCUACAGGAGCAGCGCGAGCACUUCAAAUCCGACCUGCACCGCCUCAACGUUAAGUUGAGCAUUGCUGGUAAAACUAUUAUAACGGAAGAGGACCUAGACAAAGCAGAUUCUGAUUCUCUGUUUGAUGAUUUGGAGAUAUCUAGUGUCUCUGGUUCAGAGGACGAACAAGAAAAUGGACCUGCAUCAGAACGUGUACUCUCAGUUAAAGGCAAGGAAGAAUUCAGGAAGAAACUUUACUUUCGCCGUGCAUCGGGUGACACGAUUUCUAUCUAUAGAUGCAUGCUGUUGAAAGAACAUGAAGAACCAUUAAUUGAUUGUAAGUCUGGUCAGAUGGAUAAUGCAUCUUGUGUACCGGAGGAGGAGAUGAUAAAUAGGGUGAAGCGUUUGACUUGUGAACCUCGUGACGUGUCACAUUUGAGAAUUGUUAUACUAACAAGCGGUGGACAUUUUGCUGGGUAUGUCGUAAGAGCAAAGGCUGGGAAGAGGCAAUCUGGAAAAGAUGCUACUGGAAAAGUUGCACACUCAGCAGGCUCUUCUCUACGGCGCUAUAAUGAAGCAGCACUCAAAAAGGAAGUUCAAGAAUUAAUUGUUUCAUGGAAGUCAUACUUUGAGACAUGUGUUUGUGCCUUCAUUUAUGCUCCAUCGAAGAACCGCCAGAUGCUCUUCGAUGAGGAGAAGACUCGGUCAGUAAUUCAGUCUUGUGAUAUUCGUCCAGUUCCAUUGACUGUCCAUCGUCCCACCUUGAAGGAAGCUAAGCGGGUAUAUUGUAACCUAACACAACUCUACUAUGAGAUGGAAUGUUCAACCACAGAUGAAACCUUACCUGAUGCUGGAAGUGUGAAAAAUAUUGAACAAAGUCAAGGAAAAAAGAAGGAAGUGGCCGCAGACCCUGAGGAAUCUAUUUCGGACUUGUCUGCCAGUUUGGAAUUGUUGAAUAAGAAUGAAGCAGCAACCAUACCAUCAUCUAAGAACGAAAUAACACCUCUUCAUGAGGCAGCAAAGUUUGGCAAUGCUGAGCUGACUCUGGAGUUACUUGAGCAGGGUUUGGAUCCUUGCAUAAAAGAUGCAAGAGGAAAGACACCUUAUUCGCUGGCUUCAGAUAAGGAAGUUAGAAAUACAUUCAGAAGAUUUAUGGCGCUCAACCUCGACAAAUGGGAUUGGCAUGCCGCAGAUGUACCUAGUGCACUAACAAAAGAAAUGGAAGAAUCACAAGCUGCGAAACAAGCAGACAAGGAUGCCAAAAGGAAAGCACGUGCAAAGGAAUUGAAGAAAUUAAAAAAAGCAAGAGAAAAGGAAGAGAAGGAAAAGGAGAAGGCUAAGGCUGAAGCAUCACAAUCACAAGCUGAUGUUAAAGGCACUUCAAGCGGCCAAAUGGCCAACAGAACUGCAUCUGUGCCAGGCCUUAAACCAAAGCAUCAGACGCCACAGCAAAUACUUAUAGCAAAGGAGGAGGAACGACAGAGAAAACAAGCUGAAGAAAGAGAGAAGAGAGCAGCUGCAGCAGAGAGAAGACUUGCAGCUCUCGCUGCCCAAUCUGCCGGAGCCGGCGCGUCAGGUGCAGCAGCAACAAAUUGCUCCGCACAGAGGGCAGUACCAGAUGACAAUUCGUGUUCGUGCUGUUUCGCUUCCUUGGCUGGCAAGGUGCCAUUCCACCGAUACAACUACAAAUAUUGCAGCACUACAUGUAUGCAUCUUCAUUCAGAAAUGCUGCAAGAUGAUUAA